CGCAGAUUUCCCAACUUUCCAACAUGGGACAGAGCUGGAUAUCGGACUGGUCAUUCCUAACCAAUAUCCUAAAACAAGGUAACUGGCCAUUAUGAAGAGCUUUGGUGAGAUGCAAUAUUAACAGACAUGUUCAUAGAGAUGGAGAACGGUACAAACCACACGCAGGACCGCGCGCACGGAGCGCAGGAGCAAGAGGAUGGAGACGGGCAGAACAGCGUGCGAGCUCUGCUGGGUUUCGUGCUCUUCCUCCUUAUUAUCUCCACACUACUUGGCAACACGCUUGUGUGCGCCGCCGUGGUCAAAUUCAGGCACCUGCGCUCCAAAGUAACAAACUUUUUCGUUAUUUCUCUGGCUGUUUCGGAUCUCUUCGUGGCCGUUCUGGUGAUGCCGUGGGAGGCUAUAUCCGCGGUGGCGGGCACGUGGCUAUUCGGCCGGUUUUGUGGCAUUUGGAUAGCCUUUGACAUCAUGUGCUCUACCGCGUCCAUCCUCAACCUGUGCAUCAUCAGCGUGGACCGCUACUGGGCCAUCGCGAGCCCGUUCCGAUACGAGCGCAAGAUGACCCACCGGGUGGCUUUCAUGAUGAUCGGGGUGGCGUGGACCUUGUCCAUCCUCAUCUCCUUCAUCCCGGUUCAGCUCAACUGGCACAUGGCUGACGAAGGUGAGGAUGGCACAGCGGGUAAUGGCACCGACUACAGCGACAACUGCAAAGCCAACCUAAACCGGACAUAUGCCAUCUCGUCUUCGCUGAUAAGUUUCUACAUCCCCGUAAUCAUCAUGAUCGCCACGUACACGAGGAUAUUCCGUAUUGCGCAGACACAGAUCCGCAGAAUAUCCUCUUUGGAGAGGGCAGUGGAGCACGCGCAAAACCACCAUCAUUCCAACGACUGUUCUAACGAGAACUCGCUGAAAACCACCUUCAAGAAAGAGACCAAAGUUUUAAAAACACUCUCGAUCAUUAUGGGGGUUUUUGUGUUCUGCUGGCUGCCGUUUUUCGUACUCAACUGCAUGGUACCCUUCUGCCAAUGCGUGAGUGACACUACCUUCACCAUCUUCGUGUGGUUUGGAUGGGCCAAUUCCUCCCUCAAUCCCGUCAUCUACGCGUUCAACGCGGACUUCAGGAAGGCGUUCUCCUCGAUUUUGGGUUGCAAUAAAAUUUUCCCCAGCACAAACGUUGAGACGGCGAAUUUUAGUAACGAGCUGGUGUCCUAUCACCACGACACGACACUUCAGAAGGAAGCGCAGCCACUGGCCAUCCAGAUGCCGAACCCUCGAGAGGAGCCGAGUCUCCCGUUCGAUAAGGAUUCGGUUACAUCGAACGUGUCCCGGAAUCACAAAAACAUGCACUUGCCCAAUAUCGGACAGUUUGAGUGCGACGGUGAGAUUUCCCUGGACACUAUCACACCAUUCACCUCCACGGGACUCAUGGAAUGCGAGGGAAUCCCAGGUCAAAUAAUCAGGGAAUGACUCGUUUUCGAAUGGCGAGUUUUGGGGGGUAGCCUAGCCAAGGAUUUAUUUAUUUAUUUUUUUUGCCGAGCCAAAUAAAGCCAAAACAAACUGUUGGGGUCUUGCAAAGUAUGCUACACUGAACGAGUUUCAUUCUACAUGCUUUUCAAACAACUUAAAGUAACCAAAAAGUAGCCUAGGCUAUGUCUCAUUUUCGCCUGCCACAAAGGACGUUUGCUCGAGUAGCCUAUAGCCUAUAGCUAUAGCCUUCUGUUUAUCACUUCAUAACAUUUUUUUUUACAAACAUAAAAGAAAUUUGCAGACUGAAAAAUUUAAGCGAGACUCAGACCACACUAGCCCAAGACAUAGGCCUAGCAUAUAGUUAUAAAUUACUAAAGUGAAAGUCCCAUGAAAUUUAGCAUAUUCAUAAGCACGCUGAAGCGAUUUCAUUCAAUCUUUGAUUAAGUUUGGAGUGGGUCACAUGACCCUUAUUGACCUUAGUGGCUUUCUUGAAAGAAAACACAGAUUUAUGUUUAUUUUAAGCAUAAUUAGCCUAAAUAACUUAAUCUGAUUAAGCACAAAUGUUUUUGUUCAUUUUCCAUGUACAUAUACAGUAAAAUAUGAAUUUCAAUAUAACUAAUUGUAUGUUGUGUUAUAUUAGAUGUGUUUUAAUGUGAGAAAUUCGAAUUUGCUGGCAACUUUUGCCGAUUAGCUAUAAUCAUUGAGCACAUUUAGCACACCCCCACUGCUUUUUACACAAUAGUCUCAUAUAUUCUAUAUUUGUCAUAUCCACCUCCAUCACAGCUCUGCACAUAUUGGCAUUCUCUCGGCUAACUUCAUGAGGUGCCACCUGGACUGCUUUUAAUAGCCUCCUGAAUUGAGAUCCAUGAUGGAGACUUCUUGUUUACUUUCCCUUCACUCCCCGGUCCUUAAUUGUCUCUAUAAAAUUAUUUCAAGCAUUAGAAAGCAUGAGAAACAUUAAUUUGGUCCAAUGUUUUAUCCUCUGUAAGGUUAAUGAUCACACACAGAUCUUAAAACACAUUGAUCUGAAAUUACCAACACCUUUCACAGUUGACAUUAUAAGUAAGGUAACUGAUUCUGACCUUAAAUGUGCAUAACACACCUUUGCAUGUUUUUUUUUCCCAUUAAAUAUCAUUUUAAUCACUUGCAAUCAUUUGUUUUCAUUAAGUGCAUUUAGAUAAUUUAGCAAUAUAGUUUGAGGUCAUGUAAUAAGAUCUUUUUUUUAUUGGUUGAAUCUGAUUGUUAACAGGACAACCAGGUCAUUCCAUCAAGAGGUAGAAUGAUUUAUGUCUCAUCUCCUCCCUGUUUCUAACCUACUUCGUGCUAGAUUGAAUUAUGUGAUGAAUAGGCAUGGUUUCUCAUGGUAAAAUGCAGAAUACCACAAACAGGAAUCUGGGCAUUAAGACAAUGGCAAUGGAAAUCUCAUAGUUCCUGUUCUAAAACUGAUCAUGUUGUAUGAACAUUGCAAAUAUUCAUGGGGUUAUAUUUUUUGCAGAGUUGAUCUAUUCAGCACAGCCUUCUUGAUCAAGCAAGGAGAGUGUGAUCAUCAAAUGUAUAGGCAGCUGAGAAAUAAAAUAAAAAUAAUAUCAGCAUAAAUUAUAUAAUAUUUCAUCUAUAGUGAUCAAUAUUUAUUUAGGCCACUGUCUGUCUCUUUUAUUAUCAGUAUGGUCAAUCACAUGUUUUAUUAUAUCAUUUUUUGUU